AUGUUAAUAUUAUCAUUACUCUUGUUGUUAAAUAUACUACUGUUAUCAAAUGCUAGAGUGAACUCAGAUUCAGAUACAAUAGAUCAAGAUUAUUUAGAAAAAUCCAAAUUAAAUUUCAAUAAUGCAAAUUCAAUAUAUAAUGAUUCACUUUCAAAAAUUUAUGGAGUUAAUCUAGGAGGUUGGUUAGUCACAGAACCUUGGAUAACCCCUUCAAUAUUUGAGAAAAUUGAUUUAAUGUAUGGAAGUAUACCAUUGGAUGAAUAUAGUUUAUGUCUUUUCUUAACCCAAUCCACAUGUCGAAAAUAUCUUGAACCUCAUUGGCAAUCAUUUAUAACUGAAGAAGAUUUCCGAGAAAUUGCAACUUUGAAUUUAAAUUUAGUGAGAAUACCUAUUGGAUAUUGGGCUUUUGAUUUAUUACCUGAUGAUCCAUAUACUCAAGGACAAGAAGAAUAUCUUGAUUUAGCUAUCAAUUGGGCUCAAAAACAUAAUCUAAAAAUUCAAAUUGGUUUACAUGGAAUGCCUGGAUCACAAAAUGGAUUUGAUAAUUCUGGUUUAACUACUGCAAAUCCACAAUGGUUAGACGUUGAAGAAAAUUAUAUGUUGAGUAAAACAGUUAUCAAUUAUAUCUUUGAUAAAUAUGGAAAAAAUCCAGUGAUUCAUAGUAUACAAGUUGUUAAUGAACCUAUGGGAUUAACGUUAAAUAAAAAUAAAAUCCUUGAUUAUUAUACCUAUUGUCUCACUUUGGCUAAUGAAAAACAAAUUGAUGCAAAAGUGGUCCUACAUGACGCCUUUUUAAAUAUAGAAAGUUGGAAAGAUUUCCCCGGUGAAUUUAUAUUAGAUCAUCAUUUUUAUGAAGUAUUUACCGAUUGGCAAAUUAAAUUAGACUUGGCCGGACAUCUUCAGAAUGUCAAAAAUCUUGGUGAAAGAAUUAGUCGAAGUGGUCAUAGAAGCAUAGUUGGAGAAUUUUCCGGUGCUUUGACUGAUUGUAGCAAGUAUCUUAAUGGUAUUGGAAAAGGAAACAGAUGGGAAGGAACUUAUUUGAGUGAUCAUAAAGGAAGUUGUCUUGGUCAUGAUGAUCCUAAUAAUUCAACAUUUAAACAAGAUACUAUGAUUUUCUUGAAGGAACAGCUAUAUAUAUAUGAAGAAAAAGGAAGUGGAUGGAUUUUUUGGAGCUGGAAGACUGAGAAUUCUUUGGAUUGGGAUAUGAAACGUUUGGCAAGUUUUGGUAUGCUUCCUGACCCAUUAAUCAUGGGAAGUAAAAGUCAAGUUGCAAGUAAUGCAACACAACAAGUUGGAAAGGAAAAGCUGUUUGAAAAUAGCACCACCAUUGAACAUAGUGAUGUUCAAGUUGAUCACGAGGAUGACAACCAUGAACUAAAUGAAGAACAAGAAGAAGAAUUUGAGGAAUCAAUUGUACAUGAUAGUGGAGAGGGCGGACUAUUUGAUUAUCUCAAACAAAUGAGGACAAUUGCUUUGGGGUUUAUUAUAGCUUGUAUUUGUUUGGAUUUAGUUCAUGUGUAG